GAGAGGCCGGCAGGGCGGGCUAGAGGCUGCGCGGAGCUGCGGGCCGGACGGGGGAGCCGCUGCGUGCCGCCGCGGGUGCCGGCGGGCGGGCCCGCGGGCUGCGGGAGGCGCGAGCCGCUCCCGGUGCGGUGACGGUGAGCGGCGGGAUUGUGACGCGCAGCCGGGGAGGCCACCGGGCUGGACGUGGGCGCAGGCACCGGGGCUGGCGCUCGGCGGGCUCGGCGCGGCCGUUGCGGCGGUUGGAGAGCGUUGCUGCCCGCCGCCUGCAGCGGGAGGUGCGUGGAGAUGCUCACGUAGAGCGCCAGAAGCCCUUGUACAUGUUUCAGCACUGAACCACCUCCUCAGGUAUCUUGGCUCUGGAAAUUGCUAUGGGAGAUUGGAUGACUGUUACAGAUCCCAGUCUGUGUGCAGAAAGCAAAAAUCUCUCUCAAUAUACCUCAGAAACAAAGAUGUCCCCAUCAAGUUUAUACUCCCAGCAAGUGCUAUGCUCUUCAAUACCUUUAUCAAAGAAUGUGCAUGGUGUUGUCAGUGCCUUCUGCACAGAAGAGAACAUUGAACAAAGCAUAUCAUAUCUUGACCAGGAACUGACUACCUUCGGUUUUCCUUCCUUAUAUGAAGAAUCCAAAAGUAAAGAGACAAAGAGAGAGUUAAAUAUAGUUGCUGUUUUAAAUUGUAUGAAUGAGUUACUUGUGCUUCAGCGGAAGAACCUUCUGGCCCAGGAGAGUGUGGAAACCCAGAACCUGAAGCUGGGCAGUGACAUGGACCACCUGCAGAGCUGCUACACCAAACUUAAGGAACAGCUGGAAACCUCGAGGCGAGAGAUGAUUGGGCUUCAGGAGAGAGACAGACAGUUACAGUGCAAAAACAGGAAUCUGCAUCAGCUCCUGAAGAAUGAGAAGGAUGAGGUACAAAAAUUACAAAAUAUCAUAGCCAGUCGGGCUACUCAGUAUAAUCAUGACAUGAAGAGGAAGGAGCGUGAAUACAAUAAGCUAAAGGAACGGCUGCAUCAGCUUGUUAUGAACAAGAAGGACAAGAGACUAGCCAUGGACGUUUUAAACUAUGUGGGUCGAGCUGAUGGAAAACGAGGCUCGUGGAGGACCGAUAAAACAGAAGCCAGGAAUGAAGAUGAAAUGUACAAAACCCUGCUGAAUGACUAUGAGUACCGCCAGAAGCAGAUCCUGAUGGAGAACGCUGAGCUGAAGAAGGUCCUGCAGCAGAUGAAGAAGGAGAUGAUUUCCCUUCUCUCUCCCCAGAAGAAGAAACCCAGGGAAAGAGCAGAAGAUGGCACAGGCGCUGUUGUCAUCUCUGAUAUUGAAGAUGAUGCUGGGGAGCCGAGCAGAGAGAGUGGAUGGGGCCUUUCCUGUGAUACCGUGAGAGAGCAGCUUACAAACAGCAUCAGGAAGCAGUGGAGAAUCCUGAAGAGUCAUGUAGAGAAACUUGAUAACCAAGUUUCAAAGGUCCACAUGGAAGGCCUCGAUGAGGACGUCAUCUCACGGCAAGACCAUGAACAAGAGACUGAGAAGCUGGAGCUGGAGAUCCAGCAGUGUAAAGAAAUGAUCCGAGCUCAGCAGCAGCUCCUGCAGCAGCAGCUGGCCACCGCCUGUGACGACGACACCACCUCACUGUUGCGAGACUGUUACUUGCUGGAAGAAAAGGAAUGCCUCAAAGAAGAGUGGUCGCUUUUUAAAGAGCAAAAAAAGAAUUUUGAGAGAGAAAGACGAAGCUUUACAGAAGCUGCAAUCCGCUUGGGACUGGAGAGAAAGGCGUUUGAAGAGGAAAGAGCCAGCUGGUUAAAACAGCAGUUUUUAAACAUGACGACCUUUGACCCCCACAGCUCAGAAACUGUGAAGCUGCUCAGUGCCUUCUCAGGAAGUUCUGAUCCAGACAAUCUUAUAGUGCACUCACGGCCACGGCAGAAGAAGCCACAUGCUGUGGCUAACGGGGCGCCAGCUUGCACAUCGAAACUGACUAAAUCUCUACCUGUUUCACCCUCUACUUCAGACAUUUGCCAGACACGCUCCUGUGUGUCUGAACACAGGAGUUCAGUCAGUGUGCUGAAUAUAACUCCUGAAGAAACUAAACCAAAUGAGGCUGGACGAGAAUGUACGAAUCAGAAGUGGAGCGUGGUGUCGAGACCCAGCUCACGGGAAGGCUGCUACAGUGGCUGCUCCUCGACCUACACAAAUUCUCAUAUGGAGAGAGACGACUUACCUUAGAUGCACAGACGGCAGUGCUCUCGCUGAACUGUGCAUCCAGAUGCGUUCACGUCUGAAUCAAACAGGGUGUGUGAUAAAGUCAGUCGUCUAAUUGAAGAUGGUCUGGGUGGUUUGUCUGGACCCCGUCUUCCCCCAAAGAGCUGCAAUGCUAAGCUGUUGAAAAGGAUGCAAAGGCGUUGGGUGUGUGAUAGUGGCAGAAGCCACCGGCUCUGUGACUAAAGGAGUGUGUGUUUGGAUGGGAACAGAAGCACUAGAAUGAAUUUCCUCUUCCAGGUAUUGAGAAUAGCACUUUUAGGGGACCGAUUAUUGAAAACAUUAAAUUUUUGUCCCAAAUAUGGUUGGCAUUGGAAGUUUAGCCUUUACUUGAAUGUAUACUGUAGAUUUUUAACAAAACAAGUUCUAUAUUUAUUAUGUUUAGUGUGAUUUUGGGAUUACCUCUUUCAUGUUUUACAUAAAGUGAAAUUUAUGUAUGUUCUGUACAUAGAUAUACAUGAUUAUGUUAAGAGGCUUUAAGGUUUAAAGUUCCACACAACGCUAGAGUGUAGUGUUUGAUGCCAGUGUCUUCAGUGGCAUUGCGUUUACAGAUGUGCUAGGACAACUGCCACCUGACAUUUAAGAUUUUAUUUUUAAGCCAUCUGGGCAAUAAAAAUUCAAAGCAACUCCAUGACAACUAGAACUACUAACAUUACAUUUUUGAGAUUUUUAAAGCAUUAUAUUUUAUUUUAUAUAUGUGAAUGUUAUUAUUUCUAAGAGGAAUAUUGAUUAUGGAGUAAUGGGGGAAAGAUAAAAGUGUCUUUGAAUUAUAGUAUAAGAGGAUUGGUUUAAGAUAUUUGGAUGAUAAAGGAUAUUUAAUAUAGCUGGAUGGUGAUAUUUUCCUUACCAAAUGGGUGCCAGUACAGUAAUAUCUGUACCAGCCAGGGCUUUAUAUCAUUGCCAAUAAUUUUGUAAUUAAAAAAUUUUCAACUAGAUACUACUACUACAGAAAUAAGACAGUGAAAACAUUGGCUUUUGUAAUUGAGAUAUGACAUUCUGGACACUCAUGUCAUUUCAAUUUUCAGAACAGUCUUAGGCUCUUUUGUCUCAUGUUUCUGCUGCAUGUUUCUUCCUGAGAAGUAUGUUAUUAUUGAUAGUGAUGAUGACAGUAAUAAUAAAUGUAGACCUAGGCCAGGCUUCUCCUGGAUGGAUUCAUCCAAAAGCUUUUAAGUGCCUCACCCUGCUUGUUUCUGCACAUAGACGCCAACAUGAGUCUUGCUCCACUAUGCAGGCUCGUCCCGUCCGCCUUGCUCUUUCCUUGCCCCUGUUUGUGGCUCUUGCAUUAAAUUCAUCAUGCUACCAAACGAGAAAAGUGUGUUGUCCACUGACUGGGUGACUGUGGGGGCUGCUCACGGCCUGCGGAGGCACCGCUGCCCACUAAGCGUCCUCUUGCUGGUAGCCAUGCUCAUAGAUCAAGGAGCUAGCUUGUGUGAGAGUUGCUGCCUUCAGCCUGGUGCAUGAUCAUUUCCUUACUCUUUAAAACGUGACAUUUCAGAGAUACUGCUGUAGUCCAGAGGAGGAAGCCCAGCUGGGAUAGAAUUGCCUUACUGUUGAAGAAAGGCAAGCAAAGUUUUGAAGUAGUUUCUGGUUAUUUCUAUCCCACAUCUCCACGACAGCCUUGGCCAGAUGGAAGCACUCCUGGUUUCCGUCAUAGCUGUGCUGUUUCCAUGAGGAGGGUUUUCUGGAAAGGAACACCUACUUUUUUGCUGUGUUUGCAUUCCAGCACAGGCUGAGGCUCUCAUACCACAAAGAAAUUCCUGAGACUUUAAGGUGCGAAGGAAACUGUGGAAGAGAACCAGAUCUCUCUGCUUUAGGGGUGUGCACGAAUCUGCCAAAAGCCGUACAUCUUCCUAGCUCUCUUGUUUUGCUGCCCACUCCGACUUUAAAAUGAUCCCAGAUCACCAGGCGCUCCAGAGAGUUGAGUGUGCUGUCCUGGAGAGUAUGGGUUGAUGGGAAAGCUCCCGGGGCUCUGCCUCUUGAUUUGCAGACCUUUGCAACGUGCCAGCAACACAGCCAUGCUGGUCCUCUGACCCCAUUGAUAGUGCCAGUGUCUCCCGGCUUGAAAGCCUCCUGGUAAUUGUAUGUGCUUUAUCAUUAUUGUUAUUGUUUAUCAAUAUAGAAAUCUGAAACUUUGUACCUCAAGUUGGUUUGUACAUACUUGACAUACUCAUUUUGAAUUUUCAAAGCUUAAAAAUGGAAUUGAAAACUUGAGAUAGUUUCCUUCUCUUAAGUAACUUUACAAUGAUUAGAAGCCUAAUAGAAAAAUCAGUGACAGAGAAGACCGUGGCUAGGAUUUAAUAAAGGAGUAUUUUCUCAGAGAAGCGAAUAUUAGAUGACUUAGGUUUACAGGACUGUCCACAGCAGGUUGUCUGCCUCGUUGUAUAAUGGAAUACAGUACGUUAUUUGGGAGGAAUUCUGAGGCUCUUCUCCUAGCUAAGUGAGGUUUUCGAAAGGCUUUUUAAUAACUUGGUUUUUGUAGGAGAACGUAUUCUAUGGUGCAUGAUGAGACUGGUGCCUGGAAUCCAGUUAACUUCCCCUGGGUGGAUCCGUCUGAAAGGCCUUGGGACCGCAGGGGCGGCUUCUAAGUGUGGGAACUUGGAACACUGUGAACUAACGAAGCCUUCUGUGACUGCCCUGCUGUUAGUGCUCUUAGAAGUGUGUACACCAAUGUGGACAUGCUCUUGGAAGUGUACACACCACUGUGGACGUGCUUUUGGGUGGAAUUGUGUGACUUCAGUAAACACACCUUGCCUGUGCUCGUGUUCAUUCUUCCAUUCAGUAAGCUUGGGUGGAGGACCUGUUGUUUGUCGCGUCUGUGUUUGUCAUUCUGGCCCCUGAGGAUGAGAAGAUGGGCCCCAUCCUUGAGAAUCCCUGAGUUGAAUGCUGGCUGUAAAACCUCAGUUGUCACAAACCACUGGUGUGUUAGUCCUGCAUCUGUCUGGUCUGCUCCAGGUCCCCCGCUUGCCCGUGUUGUAAUGGUAGCAGUGCUUGGCUUCCGCAAGCCCUGCCACUAUUUCCCGUGGGAUGCACUAUAGAACACAUUUAUUGGUUUGCAGGGUUUUUUUUUUUUCCCCACAAAUGUCGAUAUACAAAGAAGAUAAGACUUUAUUCUCGCAGGGAAGAGAUGGAUUAUCAUCCAACAGAAACUAAGCAAAGAUGUGCAUGCAGAUGAGAUUGUGAAAUAGGUGAUUUCUCUCUUUUUUUUUCUUUUUUUCUGAAUUGAGUGUUUGGUGAUUCACUCCUCCCCUUGCCCCAGGGCUGAAUGUAAAUUAGAAUGGAAUGGACUACUGAUUAAAUGAUUUUAUCUACAACCA